AUGAUGAUUAUGAUUAUCGCUGAUUCGUUUGUUUUUCGUUUAGUUAAUACUUCUGGUUGUGUCAGUGGAACAGUGUCAGCAAGUGACAGUCUCUGGUCCAAUGAUACUGCUGAUUCAGCUGUGAAUACUACUUUUCCUGAAGAUAACGACGAUGAUGAUGAUGCUGUCGAUGGUGCCGACGAUCUUUGUUCCAAUAAUCAGCCAGAUCCAGCAAUCAUUAAUAACAACAACACUCCUGCUUCAAUUAUUCCAGCAACUUGUCAAAUAUUUUUACAUGUAGCUGGUUUAAUUGAUGUUAAAAUGGAACAGAAACGUUGUGAACAUCGUUUAAUGGAAUUGAAAGAUUCCAUUGACAGUUUGGAGAGAAAACGUCAAAAUCCAACUUAUUCUCAAAAAGUACCAAUGAAAACACAAUUAAUGGAUACAAAAAAGUUGUAUGAAUUAAACUCGGAAUUGGAAGGAUUGAAAGAGGUGAUUUCCAAUUUGAAUGAUAUGAAACCAAUUGAUGAUGUUGAUCAUUCUACACUGAUGACAUCAACACCUGGUGAAAUAUUAUUCGACGCUUUGUGUGAUUACCUUGGUGUACAACCACAACAACAACAACAGCAGUGUCCGUCAACUUUAGUUGAUCUAGAAGC